CUUCAUGAUAGUACACCAUUACAACAGCUGCGUUUCAUCUCACUGUACGUUGCUUUCCAGUUUCUCUCUCUCUCCUCACUGGAAUCACUUCCUUACUUUUACCCCUCCCUCCCUCACUCUCUCUCUCUUUCUCUCCUCCUCCUCCUUUACAUCCUCAAUCUCUCAGCAGCAGUUUGUGUCCUGAGAGAACUGGCACCAAACUGACGCAUCCAUGGGUCGCGCGCAGCAUCUUUAUGUCUUUACGUUACAAUUUGAAGUCAUUCAAAUAUUAACAGCAUCGAUCCGCAGUGCGAACGAGUGAAAUCGUUUCAAUUUUUAGCUUUAAACUCUCCCAGCCAGUGGCAGUAUCACGAUAUCGUUUUAUAUUUGUGAAUCGUAAUCAUAGCGUCGAGUUAUAGCGAUGGAUGGAGAUACUUGUGUUCGCGUCUGGACUCGACCAAUGCAAGUGAUGCUCCAGGAGAAGAAGAUCAAAGCGCGGAGGAAAAAGCGCAAGGAGUUGUUCGGGGGACAGAUGUGCUUCAUGGGUCUGAUGCUGCUCGCCGUGUCCGGCUUGUCCAGUUUGGUCGAGAAUUCCGGUUAUGGUAUAUCCAGUCUAUCUGCUGAUGACAGUGAGAAGUGGGAGAGUCGCAGGCUUCUGCAAGAUUUUGACAUUGAAGGCAACUACACUGAUGAUGUGCAGGUUGGGACCAAGAACUGCACCCCACCAGGUAUACAUGAGUUCCCCGAUGACAUUUUCACCAACCAGGAGCGUCUGGAGGGGGCGGUAGCUUUGCAUGUUCUGUGUGCCAUGUAUAUGUUUUACGCUCUGGCGCUGGUGUGCGACGACUACUUUGUGCCCUCUCUCGAAAAGAUCUGCGAGCGCCUCCACCUCAGUGAAGAUGUAGCAGGAGCAACGUUCAUGGCGGCAGGAAGUUCAGCUCCUGAGCUCUUCACCUCAGUCAUAGGUGUAUUCAUCACUAAAGGAGAUGUGGGAGUGGGAACGAUCGUGGGAUCUGCUGUCUUUAAUAUCCUCUGCAUCAUUGGAGUGUGUGGGAUCUUUGCAGGACAGGCAGUACAGCUCUCAUGUUGGACAUUAAUGAGAGACUCGACAUACUACACUCUAUCAGUGGCCACUCUGAUCGUGUUCAUCUAUGAUGAAAAGGUGACAUGGUGGGAAUCACUCAUCCUGGUAUUGAUGUAUCUAGUUUACAUUAUACUUAUGAAAUUUAACUCACGGGUGGUGCAUUACAUUGAACGGCGGAAAAAGAAUUCUGGAAAUCUUGGUAACGGCACUGCAAGUAACACAGACAUUGAUGAUGGCUGUGACGCCACUGUUGUGCUGCUAAAAAAAGCUAAUUUCCACAGGAAACCAUCAGUGCUGAUGGUGGACGAACUCCUCUCCGCAUACCCUCACCAGCUGACCUUCUCUGAGGCCGGAAUGAGAAUCAUGAUCACCAGCCACUUCUCUCCUCGCACGCGUCUUACAAUGGCCUCUCGAAUGCUCAUCACAGAGAGGCAGCGUCUGAUAAACAGUCGAUUUAGUAACGGAGAUUCAGAUGUCACGGUGAAGAUCGCGGGAAAACGUGGGGUGGAGAAUGGACUAGCAGGAACGGACCGGGGCCUGAACGGACGAAAGGGAGUUCACCAUGACAACGAAAGGGGAGGAGCUGAAGCCGGCACUGACACAGAAAAUGAAAAUGAGGACAAUGAGAACAAUGAGAAUGAUGAGGAGGAAGAGGAGGAAGAUGAGAACGAGGGACCCUUUGUACCAUUCCGCUGCCCUGGUGGAUGUUGUAAUAAGCUAAAGUGGCUGCUGGCCUGGCCACUGUGUCUGCUGCUGUUCUUCACUGUUCCCAACUGUGCCACACCCCGCUGGGAGCGCUGGUACAUGGUCACGUUCAUCGCGUCCACCCUCUGGAUCGCUUUCUUGUCUUACAUCAUGGUGUGGAUGGUCACAGUGAUUGGUUACACUAUGGGCAUCCCUGAUGUCAUAAUGGGGAUCACUUUUUUGGCUGCCGGCACCAGCGUUCCUGACUGUUUGGCCAGCCUUAUUGUGGCACGGCAAGGGAUGGGUGACAUGGCUGUGUCAAACUCUAUUGGCAGUAAUGUGUUUGAUAUCCUGAUUGGUCUUGGUCUGCCAUGGACCAUCCAGACUUUAGCCAUUAGCUAUGGCUCCACAAUUCACCUGAACAGUAAAGGCCUCAUUUUCUCGGUUGGGCUGCUGCUGGCAUCUGUGUUUCUCACGGUCCUCUGCGUGCAUCUGAAUAAGUGGAAACUGGACAAACGGCUGGGUUUCUUUUGUUUACUGAUGUACGCCGUCUUCCUGUGUUUUUCCAUCCUCAUCGAGUUCAACAUAUUCACCUUUGUCAAUUUACCCACCUGCCGUGAGGAAUGAGAUAAUUGCUUUUCUCAGCUCUCCUUCUUUAACCUUGCGAGGACAAUGGCACAAGUUCUCGAUCAGAGGCAGACCGGCUCUAGUCCCGAAGGCGUAUUUAUUUAUUGAUCUAGUUAUUCUUUUCCCUUUCCAUGGGUACAAUAUUGACGGAGUCCUCGGGACUGUGGUAUUAUAAGGCAGAGAGGAGAAAAGAGCAUUUGUGUUGUGAAAAAUAUGGUCUUGUUGACCGAUAUAUAGACUCUUCUAAUGGGAAAUGCAUAUUAUGGUUAAAGAUGACUACUGCCUGGAUUGAUGUGAAUACUUUUUUCUUUAAAUAUUUUGCAUAUUACAUAUUUAAAGAAUAUGAUGUAAAUGUAUUUUAUGAUGACGUUUGUUUCAUUAGCUGCUAAUAGAGAAAAGAAGAGGCUGGACUUUUACUGAUUAUCUGUAAAAUUAUAGAUUUAUGAGGAUUUGUUAAGAAAUUAUUAUGUUGAAAGGUACUGGUGACCUAUAGAGAGAAUGGUGCUGAAAUGGUGAGUCCUCCUGUUAAUUUGGGGAUUACCCAAGUUACUACUCACAGAUUGAUCUGAAAGAUCUGAGCUCAUCGGUAUAUACACAUCUGUCCAGAGACAGAGAGAAAGAGAGAGAGAAUAUGUUUACUUUACACAGGAGGAAAUAAAGCAGAAGAUAGAUCAUAUCAGAUCAAAUUUUUGCAACACUUUUAGGGAGACAGCGGGCAUUUGUUUGCACCUGUGUGGAUAAAAAAACAUUUUCAAACGCUACAACACAACAUUUACGUUUGUUGAGAAGAUUUCUUGUGUGAUUUAAGGGGAUCCUAUAGAUGUGUUCUUGUUCAUAACGCUCUGUAUAUACUUAAACAGAGAAAUGUUUAUUUAUUAAUUUAUUGAAGAUUUAUUUAUGCACAUUACUUUCCUAUGACAUACUGAAACAAAACCAACCCACAGCUGUCCCAAAGAACAGACGCUGUUUAGUCUUUCAGAGUUUGUGAGACUUUUCUACUGAAUUUCUUCUCCAUCUCUGAAUAUUAUGCACCCUUUUAGAUGCACCUUCGACUCAAUACAUAAAACGGUUUCUACUAUUUGAUAUACGUGUGACAAGACAUGAGAAGUAGAGGUCUACACGUGUCCAAAAAUUCCUACCCGAACCCGAUCAGACCCGUAAAUGUGCUACACUGAACCGACCCGGACCCGUCUGUUGUUUUGAAAGCUGGACCCGGAACCGACCCGGACCCGUCUAUUAUUUAAAAGCUGGACCCGGAUCCGACGCGGACCCGUCUAUUAUUUAAAAGCUGGACCCAAACCCGUCCGGGAAGACACAGACCCGACCGGCAAAUAUUCUUUAGCUAAAUGUUAUUAAUAAGUCAAUAAACAAGUAGCGAAAAUUAAACUUUUUGUCUUACCCAUAACGUUAGAAGUUAGUCUUCUCCCUCCUCCUUGUACCUGACUGUGUGUGAUGCACAAUCCUUAUUUCCAAGAAAGUUCCAUCCAUGUUAUUCCUCUCUUGACGAUUGAAAUGUUUAAUGCUUAUU